GUACAGCGGAAGCAAGGCACAAGCCGUUUUGGUCAGCAUUUCAAUUCAGCGAUCGCCUCUGGCUCGCCUGCCCAGGCUCUUCCCUCGUCAGCCCUCGCUCCAUCAAGACUCUCCUCCACCCGCCACCAUCAUGUCUGCCGUCUCGACCGCCGAACUCGAGCAAAUCUUCAAGGACAAGCUCCAGGCCGAGCAUGUGAGCGUCGUCGACACAUCCAACGGAUGCGGACAGUGCUUCGAAGCCACCAUCGUUUCGUCCCAGUUCGAAGGCAAAAGCUUGAUCCAGCGUCACCGUCUGGUCAACGAGAGUGCCAAGGAUGAAAUCGCUCGCAUCCAUGCCUUCUCGCAGAAAACCCUGACUCCAGCUCAGUGGGCCGAGAAGCAGAAGCAGCAGCAACAGUAGUUAUCAUCGAUGUCGAUCAACUGAAUGAUGGCCUUUGGAGUCUAUGGCCGCUCUUCACCCGCGAGAGCACAAUCGCAGAAGGCUAUCUUGAACCGCAAUCGGCCAGAGAAGUCGUGCAGUGCGCCCAAUAAAACAAAUCAAGAUUUCUCCAAGAUUGGCCGCUCCAGAAUACUCGGAGGGUAUAUGCUGGACCAGCCGACCCUGUUUGGGGGCUCAUCACUGCAAUUGCGGCCGUGCUCAGGAGCAAGCUCUGCAGAGUCCGGCUAUGGCAAUGGCCUGUCGAUAUCAGCCAGAAACUCUCACAACAUACCAAACGAGAAUGCGACUGGGAGCGAUGCAGGGU